UUGACUGAUGAAUUCACUAAACAGUUGACUUUUACUUUCAGCUUCAUUUUCUCUUAAGUCUCAAUUUAUCCUAACAAAAAGAGCAUCAAAACUUCUUUCCUUAUUUCAAAUUCUUAAGUACAGAGAUUGAAUAACGACAAGAACCAUAAAAAAAAUCAUCUUUGAAACGUGCACUUACCAAAAAUAAUAACUUUUGUACACUGAAAAAAGAUUGAAACUUUUUAAUUGUUUUUACAAGAAACACAUUUUCUUGAAAUGGGGUUUUGAAUUUUGACUAAUUGAAUCAUCUACUUCCAUUUUUUGCUUUUAAUUCACUUAAAAUUCUGCACAAAAUAGCAAAUUGAAACUCACUCUAUAACCAUGGCUUCUUGUAAUUUUCUAAGUAGUUACCAGCUUAACACUUGUUGUAAUGUCAAAAAACCCCACAUUGGUUCCUUUAAAAAGAGUUCUUUUUCUCAAUCUUGGUCAAAAAGGCCAAAUGGGUCAUCUUAUUUUCACAAGAAUUCUCAAACUGGAAGAAGCAAUUUUGUUAUAGUGAAGGCUUCAGAUUCAAGAACUACCAGAAAACAAGUUGAGAUAACAUAUAAUCCUGAAGAGAAGUUUAAUAAGUUAGCUGAUGAAGUGGACAGAGAGGCUGGACUUUCAAGACUUACUCUCUUUUCACCUUGCAAGAUAAAUGUUUUCUUGAGAAUAACGGGCAAGAGGGACGACGGAUAUCAUGAUUUGGCAUCUCUCUUUCAUGUAAUCAGUCUAGGAGAUAAAAUAAAAUUCUCGCUGUCACCAUCGAAAUCAAAGGAUCGUUUAUCUACUAAUGUUGCUGGAGUUCCCCUCGACGAGAGAAAUUUGAUUAUAAAGGCCCUCAAUCUGUAUAGGAAAAAAACUGGAACAGACAAUUACUUUUGGAUUCAUCUUGAUAAGAAGGUGCCUACUGGGGCUGGUCUUGGUGGUGGGAGCAGUAAUGCGGCAACAGCUCUGUGGGCAGCAAAUCAGUUCAGUGGUUGUCUUGCCACUGAAAAGGAGCUCCAAGAGUGGUCUGGUGAGAUCGGUUCUGAUAUUUCUUUCUUUUUCUCCCAUGGAGCAGCUUACUGCACGGGUAGGGGUGAGAUUGUUCAAGAUAUCCCAUCGCCCAUACCAUUUGACAUUCCAAUGGUUCUCAUAAAGCCUCAGCAAGAAUGCUCUACUGCUGAAGUUUACAAGCGUUUUCAAUUGGAUCAGACUAGUAAAGUUGAUCCCUUGAGCUUGCUGGAGAAGAUCAAAACUAGUGGAAUAUCUCAAGAUGUGUGUGUCAAUGAUCUAGAACCUCCUGCCUUUGAAGUUCUUCCAUCUCUUAAAAGGUUAAAACAGCGAGUGAUUGCUGCCGGCCGAGGACAGUAUGAUGCCGUCUUCAUGUCUGGAAGUGGAAGCACAAUAGUAGGAGUUGGCUCUCCAGAUCCUCCACAAUUUGUCUACGACGAUGAAGAAUACAAGGAUGUCUUCUUGUCAGAAGCUAGUUUCAUCACUCGGGCACCCGAUCAAUGGUACGUGGAACCUGUUUCAGCUAGCAAUUGUGGUGAUCAAGCCGAGUUCUCCAGAUCAUUUGAAGAUUCUUAGGCCUCAGAGCCUAUAAAUUGAAGCAAUUAGGAUAAGUGUGUAGUUGUAUAUGUAAUGUGCAAUAAGGACUAAUUUCUGUAAUCUCAUCCUUUCACUUCGGAUGAUGCACUAUUCAAAAAUGGAUAGAGAAAAAUCAGUCACAGUCUAUUUCAUGUUGCUAAAAAAGGAAGAUACACAUUCAGUCUAUGCUCUUUUAUUUUAG